ACUGCUGUGAAGAAAGACGUAAUGGAAAGCCGCAUUUUUAAGUUCUUGAAACGCUGUAAAAGGGAGCAAAGGAGAGCUCUGUUAGAUCCUGAACACUACCUGGGAAACCCCAUCAAUGCCUUCACUCUUAUCAGACGCCUCUUUGCUGAUUUUGCUCCUGUGGAAAAAGUAUUGAACAAUACUUCAGCGUACAGAAGAGAAAGGUUCAUCUCAUAUCCUUCCGUGGCUGACAUGAAGGGUGCAGUGGAAGGUCUAACCACCCUCGAGACAGUCUACAGUUUGAAUGUCACUCUCCUGGCGAACGGACAGCUCGUCAGUUCUUGCAACAAAUACCACAAGAAAUACAUUGAACGCGUUUCUCCAAUGACAGCAAAUGAUUGUUACGAGAUGGGUCAGGCAGCUCUUCAGAAUAAUGACUACGAGAGACUCCUUUCAUGGAUGAAGGCAGUUUACGAUAAGUACAGAAUAUGCGACUCAUGUCCCUUCACUUUAAUGAACAUUGUCGACUGGAUAAUCAAGACUAACUACAUGUUGGAAAAUUAUAAAGAAACAAUCAACUGGCUGAAGAGGCGAAUAUCCUUAGAUCCAAAUGAUCCUGGUAACACUAAUGCUACCGCGUUCAUGUCACACUUAGCUGCAGGAAAUAAAAAUAAAAAUCCGAUAAAGGCCGUCAAAAAGAAUGAUGAAGACUGGAGGCUAUGUACUGGCAGUUCUUCAAACGCAAGCUUGAAAUGUCGCUAUGUGCACGGCCCACAUCCCUUUCUACGAUUGGCACCAGUCAAGGAGGAGCAACUAUACCACGACCCUAUGAUCAAACUCUACCGUGACGUCAUCACCGAUGAGGAGAUACGUCACAUUCAGCGCUUGGCUAAACCCAAGUUAUGGGUUGCAAAAACCGGAACGCGGAGUGGUGGCUGGCAGAAAAACCGUGAUCGUAUUACAGAGAUCAUGUUCCUGGCUUCCAACCAGUCGGCCAUCGUGACACGGUUCAGCCGACGCGUGUCUCUCUUCACUGGACACGACUAUGUUUACGGGACACUUCAACCAGCCAACUAUGGCCUCUGCGGUCUCUUCGCGUCUCAUGUUGAUGCCUUUGUCAAAGCGGAAGUAGGUCUCAAUCGCCUAGCAACGGUGCUUGUUUAUAUGUCCGAUGUGGAGCUGGGGGGCGCGACGGUGUUCACAAAACUGAACCUAACAGUAUUCCCUGAGAAAGGCGCGGCUCUAUACUGGGAUAACCUUCAUGUCUCAGGCGAGCGUGACUUCAGGACUGAACACGCCGCGUGUCCCGUGCUAAGGGGCUCGAAGUGGGUGGUGACGAAAUGGAUAGAAGGACAAGGGCAGGAGCUGGUAAAGCCAUGUCCACUGAAGUGUAUCGCCGUCAGGGACCCCAACGUCUACGAUCCCAGCUCCGCAGAAUACCGGGGUUGUUCAGUGGCUAAUAUCACUUGAGUUUUUUUUUUUUAACUUGUAAACUUCUUGCAACUCACGAAGACAAGCUUCUGGUUAUGGCAAAACCGGGUACAGUCAUGAGCAAUAUAAUGUACCCACUUUAGGACUCUGUCGCACUAACAUAAUUGACAUUUAGUGAAACUUACAAUUCAAUUUGUCAAAUAGUUAAUGUGACAUGGUACCAAAGUGUAUACAUAUUAAUGCUCGUGACCGUACUCCAACAAAAACUUGGGAAUCUUGCGUCAUUUUAUUGUCAAAUUCCUACACAC